GACUCUCUCUCCUCCUCAUCCUCUCGAAGACACAAACCAGAUUCAACUUUGCUCUGGCUCCGGCGAGCACGUGAGCGUGACAACCGUCGCCAGAGGCGCUCGUUCUUCUUUCCUUCGUCUUCCUUUUUGCUUAUCCAUGGCCACUCGCUUCCCUUCCGACAUAUCGCAGGCUCUGGUGUAGAGGUUCUAAUCGGUGGAGGCUCUGCUCGCGAAGGGCUCAUCGCCGGUGACGUCUCAGCUGCGUCUGGAGCUUCGGUGAGGUUCGUGAAGAGGUGGUUCAUGGAGGAGCAGGCUUUUGAGAUGGGAGUAGAUCGAUUUUCAGUUUUCAGAUCUAUAAUUCCUCUUCGCCGUUGGCUUGAAGUGAAUGGCUGAAGCUCCGCUCCUGUCUCGUGGUGAUCUCCGCCACUCUAGGGCUGUGGUUUCAGUCUUCUUCUCGGGUUCAGUCUUCUUCAACUCAGAGGCGGGUCUUCGACAGCUUGGUAUGUAAGUGGUAUUGGUGUCAUGCUCUCUUUAGGGUCGUGUGGGUGAGGUUCGUAGAUGUAUCCUCCGUUCACCGUUGGAUUUCGAAGGUCGUCUAUGGCCUUUGGAGGCCGCGGGUCUUGCUUCGUCAUCUCGGAUCUUCUUGUCAAGGCACUCGUCCUAGUCCUUCCGGGUGUUAAGAGGCCUCUUAGCACUUGGCUUGUACUCCUUGUUUCAACGGCAUUUCCUUGUCCGUUGACACCGGUACAUGGGUUUCACAACUUGGACUUUGAUCUUUGGUUCUCGGAGAUCACAAAUGUGGAGAUGGUUCUCGGGAGAGUCAUUGACCGUCUCCGUGUCAACAUUUGGUCUUAGUUCGCCCCCGAACCCGUAAGAGUUCGCUUGAUCUGUUGCGGUGGUGUUCUGGGUCUUUCCUUGCAGAUUUAGGAGUAUUCUGGGCAGGAUGUGGCGGUUAGGUCAUCUCGCUUUUUGCUUGUUUUGUGGCGUCUAGCUGGUUUCUCGGACUUCUUGGUAAGGGUAACCUUCGUCGCUUAUCGGUAGCUAGCUACUCCGGAGACGACAGAGGAACUCCUGGCAUCCAAGGCAAUGAGGAGAACCUCACUUUCCUAUGGUCAUCGUUGAUGGUUGAAAACGGCCACCGAUUCCUAAAGAUAAUAAAAAUGAUCUAGCGGAAUGUACCGCGUUUAGUGGGUGGGCGAAGCUAGGUUGUAGAAUUGGAAAAUUUUGUUCAAAUCGAGCUUGUAAACAAAUUUGAAUCCCCGGUUAUCGGGAUGAAUAAAAAAAUUCGAUUUAAAAAAAAAAAUUAAAAUAUCGUAUUGGCAUUAUUAAAUACUUGUUGGUUCAAAUAAUUUUUUUUUUUGGACAACUGGUUCACAUAAGUUAAAUUGUCUUUCUUGGCUCAAUUUUCAAAAUAGGAAACCUAGAUAUAUACUCUCUCUAUAUAUAUAUUAGAAUAUUAGGUUUUCUGAUGUAAAAAAAAUCUAUAUAGGUGUUCCUUGGCUCUCUCUCUCUCUCUCUCUCUUCCCAUCAUUCUUCAGCUUCUCUUCUCAUAUUAUUAUAUUAGAACUUUUUAUCUACGUAGUUAAUCACAAGUUUCUAUGCAGUUGACAAGUCUUCCGAGGGAUUUGUUAGAGAUUAUACUCUCUAAGGUUCCGGAUACACCUCUGGCACGAUUCCGAACAACAUCGAAACGAUGGAACAUUAUGUUGAGUUCUGAGGGCUUUGUUAAGAAACAUUCUGCCAAUGCACCAAAGGAUGAGUCUCUGUGUAUCGCGUUGAUUAACUCUAGGGUUCACUUAGUAAGGAUCAAUCUCCGUGAACUUGCAAUUCAUCCAUUCUACCUUAAAGAUCCACUUUCCAAUUCUUCACAAGUCGAUAUACGUAACGUAUCACACUGCGAUGGCUUAUUGCUAUGUAGCACAGAGGACGAUAGACUCGUGGUUUGGGAUCCGUAUUCAGGUGAAACCAAGUGGAUUAAACCUAGAGACAGAUACAAGGAUAGCGACUACUUUGCUCUUGGUUUCGACAACAAAUCCUCAUGCAAGCAAUACAAAAUCUUGAGGGUGGAUCGUAACCAUAUACUACCAGUAAAAUAUGUCUGCGAGGUCUAUGACUUCACCUCUGAUUCCUGGAGAGUUCUUGGUACGGCUACUGAUUGGUAUAUACCAGAUUAUCGUCAUGGCAUAUCUAUGAAGGGAAAUACAUAUUGGCUUGCUAUGCGAAUGGUGAAGCCAGAUACUGAAUUCAUACUAGGUUUUGAUUUUUCAAAAGAGACGUUUCAGUGUCUGUCUCGUCCUCAUCCUUCUCUUGGACUUACCGCUUUAUCAGUGGUUAAAGAAGAGCAACUUUGUCUGUUAGUUUUUCUCCUUCCCGAUUUUUUAAUGGGGGCGGAUGCAUCUUCAUCAGAACUACAAGUAUGGGUGACAACCAGUACUGGAUCAUGGAAUAAGUCUCUAGCAGUUAUAGGCCUUGAUGGAUAUAGAGAUAUGUUUAAAGAUAUGCUUCCUAGAGGGAUAAGUUUCUUGGCAGACGAGCAGAAAAAAGUUGUAAUGUGUUUGAACCGCGAAAACAACUUCAAUAUUCUGCGAGAAAAUAAACACAUAUUGAAGGAACAUCUUGGUGGCGGUUCUAAAUGCAUAUCAUCUCCCGCAGUUCUUAUGAAUUAUCCUCCAAGUUUGGCUAGAAUCCGACAAGAUACAUUUCUUAAGGGACGCAAAAGGAAAGCGGAAAGCAUAUGACUUGUAACUUAUGCGUUAUUUAUCUGAUAAUCCCAGUUUCUUUUCUUCUUUUUUUCUUGU